AUGUGGUCACGAUCGAUCCGCCCGCGUGUGGCACGCUCACCGAGCGCCUCGAUUACACUCACAAGGUACAACAGGCUCUGGUACAGCGCACUCGCUCGCAGCAACACAACUAACAAACUAUGUGCUAAAUGUGGGACGCCCAAUCACAUGGCUUCACUACAAUGCAAGCAGUGCAACACACUUCAACCACUGCCGACUACGGUCGACUACUAUGAUGUUCUAGGCAUGCCGUUCGACACCGUCCCUGCGAAUGGAUGGCGCAUCGAUAUGCUCGAGCUUAAGAAUCUUUGGCGGAGAACCAUGGCCAUCUCACAUCCGGAUCGGCUCGUGCACAAGGUGCAUGAUGAACAAGAAAUUGGGUCACAGCAGAGUGCCAUUGUAAACAAGGCGUACGAAACACUCUCCAGCCCACUACAACGUGCUUUAUACCUGUUGCAGCGCUCUGGCGUGGAAAGUAUAGAAGAGGGCAUGGCGGUGGAGGACCCAUCCUUACUGAUGGAAGUAAUGGAACUUCAGGAAGCGUUGCAAGAUGCUGAGAAUCAAGAGGCUGUGGACCAAGUGGGCGCUACGAAUCAGAUGCAUAUCGAUCGUGUCCUGGAUGCAUUAAAUAAGGCUUUUUCUGACGCCCACCCGAAUACGAAUCGCAUUCGGCAAUUGGCUGUGGAGCUGCGCUACUGGACCAACAUAGACAAGGCCGUGCGUGAAUGGCAGCCUGGCCAACGAGUAGAGCUGCACCACUAG